AUGGACGUACAAAGAUCUCGCGAGAGAUUCGCGCGGCUUUUGGCGGGGGACGCGGAUGGCGCGCAGCAGCUCGGCGCGCAGCAGCAGGGGGGAGGUGGGGAGUCGUCCAGGGACGGCAAUGAUAGCACGGAUCAGCUUCUGCUGUCUAUGCUGACGUGGCACCGGGACAUCACGUACGCGCUCUGCCCGUGCACAGACGACCUCUGCGAGCAGCAUACCGCCCACGAGCAUAUCCUAAGUUGCAUUCCCCUCGCUCUCCCCACCCCCUCUCCCUCCUUCCCCUUCACCCCCAGCUCUGCACCUCUGCACGUGCACAGACGACCUCUGCGAGCAGUACACCGCCCGCCAGGCCCUGGGAAUACGGAGGAAGCAGGGGCGACAAACAAAGCAGCAGCGGUGACAGAAGAGGGCGGAGGCGAAGCGGACCGCCAGGGCUCGAUUCCUGCCGCUGUGAAAGCAGCAGUGCUGGCGGAACUACAGAGUAACGGGUAUCUCAAGGCAUUCCAGGCGCUUGUAUCUGAGGGUCAAGGGCUGGUUGAGCAGGCGCGAGGGGACUUGGGGGAGUGGGCGGAGGGGGAAGGAUCGGGGGAGGAGGAAGGAACUGGGGCGAGGGAGAAGCGGGGGAAGUUGAUGGUGGAAGGGGGCUGGCGGGGGAAGUUGAUGGUGGAAGGGGGCUGGCGGGGGGAGUUGGCGCUUCCGCUGCUGGAUAUGUUUGGAACGGUGCAUAGGCUGAAAGGGAGGGUGGCGGAGUGGGUGGGAGGGUGCGAGCGGGCUGGGGAAAGCGGGAAAGGAAGCGGGGAAGCGAGUGGGGAAGCGAGUGGGGAGGCUUCGGGGGAGGCGAGUGAGGCGGCGGGGGAGACGGUGGGGGAGGGGGAGCGGUUGUGGGCGCAGUUGGAGGAGGAGGUAGCAGCGGCAGCCAUGGCCGCGCUGCAGGCGGGCAGGGAUGAGAUCAUGGCGGAGGUCAGAGCAGUGGCGGCGGAAUGCACUCAACUGCUGGGCAAGACGGACGGGUGA